AUACCACUCCACUGUAAGCCUCAACCCAAAGACAUUCAGCUCUGCUUUUGUGGGUCAGAAAACCCAGCUUCCCCAAGUAAGUGCUCAGAGGCACCCUACUCUACAAGCCAGCCUCCUGCACAAAAGCUCUGUUUCACUUAUUCUGUGGGCUGUGAGAAGUCAACCACUCUGUUUGAUGCUCUGGCUUCUAAUGCUGUAGUGCUGCUCCUCUGUUGUUAUAGCUGUCAUCUGGCUCCAGGAGCCUCACUGCACAGGGACCAGGGUCCAGAGGACAUGCUCCACUCCUCGCUCUGGCUGCUAAUGAGAUCCCUCCUCCUGCUACCAGAGGGCUCAUUUUACACACAGCAGCACAGCAUUCCAGGGACUCCUGUGCGCAAUUACUCAACAGGUGAAUCCUAUCAGUCUUACCAGACCCAGGCAGAAAAAGGUAGUUUGGUGGGAGUUAGAGUCUGGCUAGAAGAACCGUAUUAAAUAAUUCACUGCCCUUGCAAGUACAAAUGAGAAGAAUGAGCUAGGCCAACUUAAGUGCAACCCUUUUCUUCAAAAGCAAAGCACAUGCCCAAAGUUACUACAUUUUACUAAGGAAAGUCAGUGCUCCCGACCUAGGUAUUUCAUCUAUACCCAACAAAGUGCUUUUAUAUAAUAGGAAUAGAAGCUACCGUAUAUACUCGUGUAUAAGCCAAGUUUUUCAGCACAUUUUUAAUGCAGUUUUUGUGGUAAAAUUAGGAGCCUCGGCUGAUACUCGGGUCGGCUUUUACUCGAGUAUAUACAGUAUAUUUCUGUUCUUGGACCCUUCCUAGUAUAAUUGCCAUGGUUGGUACAUAGUGGCCUUAGCUAAUUUAGAACAAAAACCAAGAAUGCUCAUUUGGUCUAUUUUAUUUCUAAUCUGGCUUUUUCACAUUGUUUUUGAAUAAGGGGUAAAGAUUCCAACAUAUACUUACCAGCUGCUUAUGCAUUCAUAGACUUACAGCCUCAGAAACUCUAUAGGAGGACUUUGAGUCAAAAUGAACAUGAUAGCAAUGAACGAAUCCCAACACUGACCAGGUUUACCUGUUUCUCUGAGUGUGGUAAAUGGAAGUGACCUUUAGAGCUGCCUGUGAAAGAUUAGCCCACAGGAACAAUGCAAUUUUAAGAAAUGUUUCAGGAGGAACAAUAACCAUGGCCUUGACAGUUUUCCAAAAGAAAAUAUUGUAUGAUCUAGAAUACUUUAUACAAAAGUUAGGUAUGCCAGAGAUUCCAUCACAAACAUAUGAAGGGAAAUGAUCAUCGGUUCAAGGAUUACUAGAUCCUUGGACUCAAUAGCAAACUGUUGUAAUUUUGCUUUGGUUUGCUCACUAGCCUCUCAAUCUCCUUCCUUUAUGGGGGAAAUAAAACAUUGGGUUAGUUGGUGGACUGACACACAAAAAGCUUGAUCCCUGAAGCUGAGGCACGGCAUAGAAACUAAGUCCAGCAAUUGAAUGCCCUUGCCCAAAUCCGUGAACAGGAGCCGCUGUUACACAGAAGGAAUAGGCCACUAGAAUUCAUUCCCGCGCCUUUCCCCUGCCCUGCGGUGGAAGCACCCAAGUGUUUAGCAACAGUGGCCCCUUCACCAGACUAGCUCCCACUACCUACUUUUCCCUGGGUUUUCCAGCUACCCAGCAAAUAUCCAGCUAAUUAUUUUUCUGCUUAAGAAAUAAAGACACUAAAAUGAGUUUCAAUGGCACUCUAGAAUUGUGUGAGGACGAUUCAGGAUUGUAAGGUUGUUACCAGGGUUUAUAGGCCCCGAGAUUUUCUAAAUGACAAGCCGCUGGACGUGGCUCCAGGAGGCCAGAGACCUCAUCUAGUUUGACUCCUAUGGCAUAACUCCUGGCUCCGUGCUAGCAAGCAGACAGUCAACAAAUGUUUAUUUCAUUCUAACGUGCAUGCAUGGAAUAGUAACACCUACUUCAACAGAUGGUCUGUCUGAGAUCUGUGGGUCCUGGCGACAUUUAGUGUCUAUUUUUUCUUAGUGAAUUCAAGCAUGAUGACACCAAGGUUUUACGUUCAGGUAAAUAGGCUGUUUUCUCACUGGCAGACAGGAGGACGUUGGGAGGAAAGAGAUUAGGUUUCUGCUGUGAAAAGUUGAACCUGUUAAAUGGCGUGGUUUCAAAACUUUUCUAACCACAGGUUAAACAGGUUGUGUCACUCUUUGUGUAAAAAGUACAGCAGUCCCUCCUCCUGAACUUCGCUCCGGCACAAACAACUGUUCCCCUCUGGGAACCCCCGCCUCGCUCUGGCAUGCCUGUGUGCAGAAUGCUCGCUCAGGUUUGAAAACGGGUUUUGCCCCUGCGGUGGAUGUAAGUUCUCAAGAUGAGUGGAAAACUUCUUACUGUCUUGCUUUUAUUGUCUGUGACUCGGGGAGAUGCGGAGCGGCUAGCCACCCGGUUGUUGAGCAUUGCAAACGCGGAAAGACGAUUUUUCACGAAAACAGAAGAAAGCAUCAUCGUAAGGUCAAAUUACAAAGAAAAACGGCCAAACUCCAGCUCCCUCGUUGUGCUCAUAGAAGAUCCGAACGUGCUGCGAAUGGUGACUGUGACCAAGACCCCGCUGGACGUGACAGACUUCACCAUACACCUGGUGACCGGCGAAGACGGACAGACAAAUCUGACCAUUCAACUGUGGGAUUCUGAAGGUAGGCAACAAGGACUCCUUGAAGAAAUUAAGAAUGUCAAAGUCGAGGUACUCAGACAAGGAGAAGCCAGUCCUUUCCAGGCAUCGGGCCAUGUUGAUAGGAGUGUCCUCAUGCUUGUUACGCUGCCGAUGAUACUGCUAAAUAAGUGUGCGUUCGGCUGCAAGAUUGAACUACGGGUGCUUCAGUCAGUGUGCAAGAGCCCGUUGCCAGUGAUUCUUGGGGCAGCUACCCAGUUUGUUCUCAUGCCGCUUUGUGGAUUCCUUUUGACUCGCAUCUUGGCAUUGCCCGAGGCACAGGCUUUUGGAUUUGUAAUGACCUGCACAUGUCCCGGAGGGGGUGGGGGCUAUUUCUUUGCCCUGCUUCUGGGGGGAGAUAUCACUUUGGCCAUAUUAAUGACUUGCACGUCCACAGUGUUAGCCCUGAUAAUGAUGCCCAUCAAUUCUUAUCUAUACAGUAGGACGUUAGGGUUGUCGGGUAUAUUCCGGAUCCCCGUUUCCAAAAUUGUGUCAACGCUCCUUUUCAUAAUUACGCCGAUAUCACUUGGGGCAGUCAUCAAGCACAGACUCCCUGAUAAAGCCAACUUCCUAGAGAAACUAAUUAGACCUCUGAGUUUUAUGUUAAUGUCUAUAGGCCUCUAUGUCACGUUCAGAAUGGGAGUGGAGUUUUUGAAAACAGUUAACCUGGAGGUGUUUCUGUUGAGCCUCGCCAUUCCAGCUUUGGGUUUGUCGUUGGGCUACUCCUUUGCCAAGAUCUGCCUGCUGCCUCCGCCAGUGUGUAAAACUGUUGCUAUUGAAAGUGGGAUGCUAAAUAGCUUCCUGGCCCUGGCCAUUAUUCAGCUCUCUUUUUCACAGCCCAAGGCAGCCGAAGCGUCCACGGCCCCUUUCACAGUCGCCAUGUGUUCUGCAUGUGAAAUGCUACUGAUCCUCCUGGUCUACAAGGCUAGGAAACUAUGGAUCCUUACCGCAGAAGCGAAAAGAAAAAACACUCACCUGGUUUAACGAUGCAAGCAUCCCUGAAUUCCUACUCGGGAUGAGGUGCAGUGGGAGACUGAAACAAUACAUAUCACGAAAAUUACAUGUAAAUCCCCAAGGAGGGCUACAAACAGUGAAAUGUAUAGAAGUGUAGAGGCAGGUGAUACCUUUGAAAGUGCAGUGCUUAAUAGAGUAAGAGUUGAACACGAUCCAUUAUUAGCAUCUCUUAAACAUGAAAGGACAAUAAAAAAAUAAGCUCCUCCUUAUAGUGAUUAGAAUAUAUUCUGAGCCUUCAAGGAAGGGUGUCCGCUUCAUAGAUGUUCAGUGAGUGCUCCCCAAUGGGAUGAAUAGGCAAAUUCCUGUGUGGCUCUCUCGUCUCAUCAGAAACAGUUUGUUUCUCCUACCUUUCACCUUUUGCACUAAACGUAUUAAUGUUGAUGCCAAAACACGGGGCCAUCUUUUCUCUUCCUUCUUCAUUCUUUCCUCUGACUCAACUUAUUCUCUACAGAAAAGUUCCUCUAAUAGCUCUUGUGCAUUCUCCUCUCCUUCCCCAGCCCGCUGUUCGGUUUUGUAAUGCUUCUUCCUUGGGCUGUCUAGCCGGCUUUGCACUCUUGUUCCACCCUACAAACAGUCAGGUCAGUCUUUAACCAAGUCUGUCUUUGACCAGGUAAUUUCUCUGCUACAAAGUCUUUCUGCCUUUUGAAUAAAGUCUGUAUUCCUUAUCUAGUAAUUCAUUACACUGUAGCCCCUAGUUAGUGGGUCCAGUUUUACCUCCUCUUCCAUCUCUUUACAAACCACCUUUGCUUCAAUCAAAGAUGACUUGCCUCAUGAAUAUGUCCUUAUUCAUGCUGUUCCUGCCUCCCAUUUAGAUCUAAAGUCUCUCUUUAGAUUUCAAAAAUCUUACACAUCUGACUCAAAUACUGCCCUAAAGCUUUUGCUAACCCCCUCCUGGCUACCUGUAAGUGAAAUCUUUGUUUUUGUUCUUAGAGUAUUAAGUACAACCUGGCUCAGCUCAUAGCUGUUAGUGUGCCUGUCUUAUCUUUUUUUUUCCCCAUUGGGCUUUAAAUCCUUGAGUGUGAGAAGUAUGCUUACUCAUUUUGAUACUCCACACAAUUUCUCACAUAGUAACUUCUACAUGAUUAUUCAAAUAUGGAGUUGAAAUACAGAUUAGGGCCCACAUGAACAGUGUGCACCUUUAAUACUACUUUUGAAUUUUCAGUGCAAAUGUUAUCACCGACACCCAGUUUGCCACCCUUUUCAAAGGAGAGUGGGCAACAAGAAUAGGAAAUAGCAUGGCUUCCUGUGUUUGUUAGCUUUAAGACUUUAGAAAAUUACUUAAUCUCCCUGAGGUUCAGUUUUCUCAUCUUAAAAUAAUAAAGAUAAUGAUGUUCACUCCAUCCAGUUGUCUCAUAGAAUGAUACCAUACAUGUGCUGUGCAUAAAGCAAUCCCCGAUAUAGUGUUUGAUGCUAUUGUUAUUCUAUCCGUUUAAACAUUUGACUUUAUCUCUCUCACUGGUUUGAAAUAUUGAUUAGGUAACUAGAUAUGGCAUCUAAAGCAACUUCCUGCAUAUUUAUUUUCCAUCCUGCCCAUAUUAUUAAGGGAUUUUGUUUGCUUUGAUAGCUGAUAACUAAUGUUCUUUUUUCUAAUUCCACCAAAUACCAUUAUGAAAACCAAGGCUCAGACUUGGAUUGGGGCGAUGGUGAGUGGUUUUAAUUCACUGUGUGAAAAGAGUAUUGUCUGUGGAAAAAUUUACUAUGGAAUUUAAAAAAAACAACAUUUUAUUGGGGGCUCGUACAACUCAUCACUAUCCAUACAUACAGGAAUCUUUUAGACAGAAGGGGUUAAAUAAUAGUUAAAUUGGUAUACACUUAAGUUGCAUAAAUCUUUGUGACACUGAUUAGGAGAUGGGAGAUCUGCCUUUCUAGUUGGUUGUACUUUGAUCGCUAAUCCUGUGACUUCAAACGAGACACUUCUCUAUACCUCAGUUUUCUUAAUCUGUAAAAUAAAUGUAUUUGACAGAGGGUUUUAGCGCUUGUCCCACUCUCGUGAGCAUGUGAUUCUAUAACAAAACCCUAGCCCCACUGGGAGGAUGAUGGGGUCAAGCGGAGAAGGUUUGGUUUAGGAGAAUAACGGAACACCGCUGUUGAUUUAUAGUCAUAGAAACAACCAAAGUGUGACCUUCCGGAGGGUAGCAACCUUUCCUGUUCUUUGAAUUCCCUGCAGUGAUUAGUAUAACAGAACAGAGUAGGUGCUCAUUAAAUAUUUAUGAGUUAAUUAAGACAGACCAAUAACACUUUUUUAAAGAAAGACAUAGAAAGAUCAACACCAGAUCAUGCACCCAGACUAUCAGACUGUGCCUGGGUCUGAAAUCCCUGCUCUGUCACUUACCCAGUGGGUGGCCCAAGUCAAGUGACUUAAUUUCUCCAUGCCUGAAUUCUACUGAUAAAAGAACAUUGCGAUGAUGAUAGUACUGACCUCCUAUUGUACUGAGUUCUUGAGAAAAUGCUUGAAAUAAUACUGAACACAUAUAUGGAGGGUUAUGAUGGUUGUUUCUGUAUGUUUGACAAAAUACCGGUUAAUGCCUUUGACUGCUAACCAAAAGGUUGGAGAUUGGAGGCCCCUUUGAGGAAACGCUGGCGAUCUUCUGAAGAUGAGCCAUUGCAAAUGCUGUGGAGCACUGUGCGGGCUAAUGCACAUGGAGGCGCAUGAGAUGGGAUUGCCUGGAAGACAGCUGGUUUAUGAAUAUUUGAAUGGUCUUGUUCCUUAAGAAAAGCAGUUAAAAGUACAUGAUUGGCCUCAAAAUAGUUUAUAUUUCUCUCUUAAUACGAGGACACUUCAAAAAGUUCGUAGAAAAUUUCCUUUAUCUUUUUAUUUAAUUUUCCAUGAUUUUUUGCCGCCCUUCUAUAAAUACAUCAUGGAAUAUAAUUUUACAUAGUAAGCCUAUCUGAAAAUUUGGAUGGAGAUGAACUCACUAGAAUAAUUCUGUAUUGUUUUGUUUUGUUGAACGAAUGGCAUAAAGCAGUUUUGCUUAAUAUACCAUCUGGUUUACCCAGCCAUGACUGCUUGCACAACAGACCCCCAUAUAGACUAGGAGUGGCUCCAUAAAAU